CCGGACUGGGGAGCGCGUCACGUGAGCGGGCCAAGAUGGCGUCGCCCAGGGCCGUGCGGCUGUUGGCGGUGGUUCUCCUGACCGGGUCCUGUGCGGCCGCGGUGCGCCGGGACCCCCCGGCGCCCCUGCCGCUGGUGAUCUGGCAUGGGAUGGGUGAUAGCUGUUGUAAUCCAUUAAGCAUGGGUGCUAUUAAAAAAAUGGUGGAAGAGAAAAUACCAGGAAUCUAUGUCUUAUCGUUAAAGAUCGGGAAGACGGUGAUGGAGGACAUGGAGAACAGCUUCUUCAUGAACGUCAACUCCCAGGUCUCCACUGUGUGUCAGGCUCUUGCUCAGGACCCCAAAUUACAGCAAGGCUACAAUGCCAUGGGAUUCUCCCAGGGAGGCCAGUUCCUGAGGGCAGUGGCACAGAGAUGUCCCUCCCCGCCCAUGAUCAACCUCAUCUCAGUGGGGGGACAACACCAAGGUGUUUUUGGACUCCCUCGCUGCCCUGGAGAGAGCUCCCACAUCUGUGACUUGAUCAGAAAAACCCUAAAUGCUGGUGCUUAUUCUAAAGCCAUUCAGGAACGCCUGGUGCAAGCAGAAUACUGGCACGACCCCAUCAAGGAGGACAUGUACCGCAAUCACAGCAUCUUCUUGGCAGAUAUUAACCAGGAGAGAGAAGUCAACGAGUCCUACCGGAAAAACCUGAUGGCCCUGAAGAAAUUUGUGUUGGUGAAAUUCCUCAAUGACUCUGUGGUGGACCCUGUGGAUUCUGAGUGGUUUGGCUUUUACAAAAGUGGACAAGCCAAGGAGACAAUCCACUUACAGGAGACCACACUAUACACACAGGACCGCCUGGGGCUGAAGAAAAUGGAGCAAGCAGGACAGCUCGUAUUUCUGGCUGUGGAAGGGGAUCAUCUCCAACUGUCUAAAGAAUGGUUUUAUGAACAUAUUAUCCCUUUCCUUGAGUGAUGCCCAGUGCCUGGCUCCAGAGCUCAGGGAGCCCCAAGCGCUUCCAAACCAGCAAGACAGUUCCCUUCAUACCUCAGCUCCGAUCCAGUUUGCAAUUAAUUUUCUCGAGUCAUCCGCUAACCUGCCCUGCUUGGAAAGAUCUGAGAUACUUAUCCUUUACCUCAUCCUAUCAGCAGAUGGUGUUGAAUGCAAGUUUAAUGAGUUAAAACCUAUGGAGAUUGUCUUACAGCCCUUGGAUGUAGUGAAGUUGUCUAGGAAAUAGUCUGCUCCAAGUCAGUGUCAGAACUAUGCCCAGGCUCAGAAGUCUAAACAAAACGCAAGUAAUGAGAGGCUCAGGGCAAACACAACCACGCUUCAGACCAACGGAAAGCUAGCACACUGGCCUAGUACAGUGACGGGCCUUUGCUGGGUGAGAUUUCCAGUGCUUGGAUAUUUUUGUAAUUUCUGGAGGCUGCCCUUUUGAGUGUGCUGCGUUCUAGAGUCUUGACAUACCCCAGUAGCCUGCCAUCUUGCCUUGGUAGUACUUGGUCUCUUCACAGAGAGAACAACUGAAUUCGUUGUUCACCAAAGGAGGAAGUAGCACCUAGUUGGAUUGCUUAAUGAGGGGGAAAUAGAUGCUUGCUUAACUAGGGGUGAAGAAUCAUGUACAAGUAGAAAUGAAAAAUAAGGCAGUUGUUUCUUUUCCUUCCAUCCUUGACUAACCCAGACUGUCUAAUGGGUUAGAUCAGAGGUUCCCAAACUUACCAGAAAAUUGCUCAGCAUCCCCCUGGAAAUCUGCCUUUUCAAUGGAACAAACACAAAGUGCCCCCAGGUUGCAUCCGAAGCUACUAAUGCCUCCAUUAGUUGUUCCAGUGGCCCCUGGGGAGGAAUUGUCACCCACUUUGGGAAAAACUAGUCUAGAUUCUUGAGUGUCUGUUGUUGGUGGAGAGAAGAAAAUGAAGGGAAAUAUGAAGAGAUCCAAUUUUCUAAUUUUCAUCUCCCCCAAAUCAUAUUUUCUGGUAUAGGGCAAAUUCUGAUAUUUUCUGUGAGAGGAAAGAAUGCUUAUUCAAAAAACCCCCGGGAGAUCUCUGCAAGUCAUUUUCUCCCUUUGACAAUCCCCCAUGUCCUAAUCCCCCAGGUUAGAGGACAGAGUUUCUGUCACAGUAGAUAAAACCCAAUUUAACCUUCCCUACACUAUCUGCGCAUGGAUAUCACACUCCCACACCACAAACAUUUCUGUCAGCACUUGACAGAAGGCUGUUCUGCAGAAUGCCAGUCUGGGGCAAUGAUUAGCUCUGUUUUGCUUUGCUUUCCCUUCAUCUUUCUUUCACCCCUCUCCAUCAAUCUAAAAGAUGGACAGUAGUAAGAGGAAGUCAAAAAUGAGGUGUCAAAAAUGAGGUCUACAACAAAGUAUAGUUUCUUAUCAUUGGUUUCUUCCCCCACCUCCAUGUUUUUACAUCUUUGUAUAGCAAAUAAAGGUAAAUACAAAGCA